GCACAAAGAUACAAAAUGACUAUAGGAGUUUUUAUGACUGAUACUUCAUUACCUUUUGGAAUUCACCAAAGUGGACCGGCGGUCGAAUUAGGCCUUCGAAAACUGAAAGACUUUGUUGGAGAAGCCAUGGACGUAGAAAUCAUUCAGUAUGUCUCACCUCACGGAAUGGAGUGUGAUCCCACCAAGACUGGUCUGUUUGGUAAGACUGCAGCAGAGAUGUAUCACCUGAAGAACGUAACCGCAAUCAUUGGACCAACGUGCAGUUUAUCAGCGGAAUUUAUUGGACGAAUGGCCGCAGAAUGGAACAUGCCAAUAUUUGGAAGUAGUGGGUCGUCUGGGGCUUUUGAAAACAAACGCGUUUUCAGGACACUGACUAAAAUGGCGUUUGACUAUAACGAACUUUCUGUGUUUUAUUUAAAUGUAUUUUCGCACUUUAAUUGGACGGAUUUCACAGUUAUGUAUGAAGGGAACGCGACACGAGUAUCACCAACAGUUAACCUCCAUAACACUGGCUUAGCUGAAACAUUUCAUAGGAAAAUAUUAGCAGCUGGAUUAAAAUCCACCCUUCUGGAAUUUUCUUCCCAAACAGAGCAUGGAUAUCAAGAUGCUCUAGAAGAGGCGAACAAAACAUCGCGAAUCUUCCUGGUUGUGUCUGACAGCGUGGCAUUGCGUGGGAUGAUGUUGAAGGCCAGCUCUAUGGGAAUGACCGAGGGGGACUAUGCAUUCUUUGUUUUCUUUUUCUAUAAUGGUUACGUCAACGGAAGGAUCACGUGGAAUAUGGGGGAUCAGGACGACCAGACAGUUAGAAAAGCGUUUGAGUCUGUCUUUCUGAUUGGUUUGUAUCAAUCAGAAACAAAAGAGUAUAAAGAGUUUGCGAUGGAAAUAAAACGGAAGUCCUUUGAGGAGUACAAUAUGGAUAUAUUUGACCAAGAUCCGAAUCCACACGCAAUGGUAUUCUACGAAGCUUUAGUGCUGUAUGGAGAAGUUGUCAUGGAAACUGUUCAAGAUGGAAUUGAUUUUAGAGACGGUUUAAAUAUAGUCAGAAGAUUAAAGAACAGGACAUUUGAUGGCAUCAACGGUGAUCUAUUCAUCAAUGCCAUUGGUGAUCGAGUUAUCAAUUGGAUGAUCAUGGAUUUGAACCCUUUCAUUGGAGAAUUUGUCCCUGUAGGUUACGGCGGGUCGUCUCUUGCAUUCCAUCUCAGUAAUUCCAAUACAAUUCAUUGGCCUAACGACAAAGGACCUCCGAUAAACAAACCUCGAUGUGGAUUUACUGGGGCUGAUUGCUACGUCAUCGAAGAUAACAAAUUCUUUAUGGUAUUAUCCAUUGUGCUGGCGGUGUUGAUUCUAGCCAUCUGCAAUAUGGUUUUACUUGUGUAUAGGAAAAUGAAGAGAGACGCCGAAAUGUUGAGUAAUUGGUGGAAAAUACCCUGGGAAGAAAUAGCAUGGCUGUCUCAGUGUCAUAGUAGAUAUUCCCUUUUGUGUUUUUCUGAAGGAAAGCUUAAGUCCAAAUCUGAAGAGAUGAGCUUAAAAACAAUGGCUGUGGAUCAGAAGGUUGCAUCAUAUCAGGGUUCCAAAGUGUAUUUACAAAAAUUCAACAAAAGACAAAGACCAUCAUGUCGCUCAUUUUAUAUGGAAUUGUCUCAGUUACGAAGCAUCACUUGUCCGAACCUGACCAAAUUUCUGGGGCUAACAGAGCACGAGUCAAGUCUGUACUCAGUCACUGAGUUCUGUCCACGCGGAGACCUCAGGGAUAUUCUGAGCAAUGAUUCGUUUGUAUUAAAUAGGGAGUUCAGCAUUUCAUUAAUUCGCGAUAUAAUACAGGCCAUGGAUUAUCUCCAUUCUUCUAACGUACAGUUCCAUGGCCACCUUCAUAGUCGUAACUGUGUCAUCGACAGCAGAUUCGUCCUCAAAGUAACCAACUUUGGUUUACAGUCUUUGAAAGACCAUCAUAUUGAUUUACAUAGUGAAAAAUGUCUGUGGAUGGCCCCCGAGCUUCUCCGGAAAUCGACGACUACUUCCGAUCAUUUGGAAAUGCAAUGCGCGGACGUUUACAGUUUUGGUAUUAUCAUGUAUGAAGUAUUGUCUAGAAAGGAGCCAUUUGAAGAUGACAAAGAAUUCUUAACUUUGGAAGAGAUCGUGAUGAAAGUGGAAAUCGUCGACGAUGUUCAGUUCCGGCCCCGAUUAAACAUGGUGGGCAUUGACACGGAUGUCGUCGGACUGAUGAAGUUCUGCUGGGAAGAAGACCCAAACUGCAGGCCCACUUUUCAGUUCCUGCGAAAAGAAUCUCGCAAGUUACAAUGGGAUAAAUCUGGAGAGAAACUGUUAGAUAAUUUGCUGUCUCGUAUGGAAGAGUAUGCCAAUAACCUUGAGGAUCUAGUGGAAGAUCGAACGCAGAGCUUGAUCAUUGAGAAAAAGAAGUCAGAUGAACUCCUCUACCAGGUAUUGCCAAGGAGCGUGGCGGACAAACUGAAGACUGGAUGCACGGUGGAGCCAGAGGCGUACACUUGCGUAACGAUCUACUUCAGUGACAUUGUGGGCUUCACCAGCCUGUCCUCACAGAGUACCCCCAUGCAGGUGAUUGACCUUCUAAAUGAUCUCUACAUUUGCUUCGACAAAAUCAUUGAACACUUUGACGUCUACAAGGUUGAGACAAUCGGCGACGCGUACAUGGUAGUUUCCGGUCUACCAACGAGAAAUGGCGACCAACACGUAGUGGAAAUAGCCGGGAUGUCGUGUUCUAUCCUAGAGAGCGUUAAGAAUUUUAAAAUCAAGCACAAGCCGGAUCAUCCCUUAUGUGCCAGGAUUGGAAUGCACUCUGGUCCAGUCUGCGCAGGCGUAGUGGGUCAGAAGAUGCCGAGGUACUGCCUGUUUGGUGACACUGUGAACACGGCCUCACGGAUGGAAUCCAGUGGAGAACCCAUGAAAAUACAUACCAGUGAAAAUACUUGCAACCUUCUGAAAACUCGCCAGGACUUUUUGCUUGAAGAACGAGGAGAAAUACAAAUAAAGGGGAAGGGCAUGAUGAGUACGUACUGGUUGUCCCGACAAGCUUAAAACUGUCUCAGAGCCUACUAGUCACGGUCUUAACGUUGCCAACACUUCCUCAAUUUAUACCAGAACAUCAAUUUUCAAAUAUUUGAAUGUUCACGAAUAACCUGUUGCGUCAUUUUUCGACUUAUGCACCCCUCUCCCCCCCCCCUCAAGAUGCGUCAUUUUUCGACUUAAAAACCCCCAAUGCACUGGUGUGACUGACGCAACUGUGUACAGCAUCACCUUACUUGUAUUUUUACGUGUUUUGACAUCUUUUUUUCUUCUUUUUUUAUCUAUUAUUAUUACUCACUG